AUGGCAGCAGAAACAUCCAGCACCCCGUCAUACCAAGAACUCGCCGCCGAAAAGCGCGAACGUCAACUCGAUCUGAUCCCUCCCGAGUGGCGUUUAUCGCCAGUUCCCUCGGUAGAAUCCACACCCAAUGCUCUAGCCUAUAUUCGAAAAACCCUUACCCCAACCGAGCUCGCUCUUACUGAGGAAACGGAUAUCACCGUCCUCCUACGCAAACUCUCAUCCGGAGAACUCUCCUCCCUAGAACUCACCCAAGCAUUCUGCAAGCGCGCAGCACUAGCACACCAACUAACAACAUGCUGCACGGAGAUAUUCUUCUCAGAAGCCCUCACAACCGCCAAAGAGAUGGACAACUACCUUAGCCAGACCGGUAAAACCAACGGUCCUCUCCACGGACUACCAGUCUCAAUUAAAGAUUUAUUCUCCGUCAAAGGCGUAGAUACGUCCAUCGGCUGGGUCGGUCUCACAAACAACCCAGCCCAAGCUGAUAAAUCCGUCGCCAGAACGCUCCGUCGACUCGGUGCGGUUCUGUAUGUGAAAACUAAUCUGCCCCAGUCAAUGAUGAUGUCAGACUCGUAUAACCAUGUCUGGGGACAGUGCGUAAACCCUUUCAACCGAAAUUUGAUUUCUGGAGGAAGUUCCGGUGGCGAGGGGUCCAUUGUUGCGGCGAGAGGAAGUCCGUUGGGCAUUGGGACUGACCUUGGAGGAUCGAUUCGCAUUCCUGCAGGAUUGUGUGGGAUUUACGGGCUUUCGCCUAGUCCCGGGAGACACCCUUAUGAACGCGGGAAUCCCGGUCAGGAUAUUAUUCGCUCCGUCGCUGGACCGAUGAGUUGUAGUCUGGCUAGUAUUGAGCGGUACAUGGAGGCUAUUCCGUGCGCUGCGCCUUGGGAGCUUGAUCAGCAUGUUGCCCCUGUGCCAUGGAGGAGGAGCCUUGCUUCGUUGCGAGCUAAGCGGCUGAAAAUUGGGUUUCUGGUUGAUGAUGGUGUGGUGCGAUGCCAGCCACCUGCUGAGCGCGGUGUUAGGGAUGUGAUAGAGGCUUUGAAAGCGGUUGGUCACGAAGUUUUUGAAUGGGAUGCCUCGUCUCAUGGCUAUGCAUACGAGCUUUGGGAGAAAGCCAUCUUGUCGGAUGGUGGUGAAGGAUGUCGCAGAAUGAUUGAGAUGACCGGGGAGCCUCUGAUUGAGGGUAUGCUCGUUGGAAAAGAGGAGAAUAUCUUGACUACCUCGGAGACUCAUCAGCUGAACGCGACUAAAUAUAAGUACGAGACAUCGUACCUUGACCGCUGGAUCUCAUCUGGCAUCGAUGCUCUAAUCAUGCCCAAUACUCCUUGGGUUGGAUACAAGCCUUGGACUUGGGUCAAAUCUAAUAACUAUGUGGGGUACACUAGUAUCUGGAACUUGGUCGGGUACGCGGCUUUGACGGUUCCUGUUACGAAAGUCUCUAGAGACAAGGAUGUACCGAGCCAGGACUGGCUUGACCAUGUUCCAAGGAACGCUGGUGACAAGUUCAAUAAGGAACAAUAUGAUAUUAACCUUGUUGAUGGUAUGCCGGUGGGCGUCCAGGUUGUUGGCGGAAGAUUCGGAGAGGAAAAAUGUGUUGCUGUGGCUAAAGCUAUUGAGCAGGCGAUGAGAUGGAGAGAUAUGGCCAAACCGAGCCUUUGA